UUGUUGUUUGAGAAAUUUUCUUUGUUUGCAGGGGAAAUGGCUAUGGCUCUGCUGGUUAAGGUCAAGUGGGUAUUCCCAAUACUUUGCUUUUUUACCUAAAAACCUCUUUCUAUGUUUCAAUGGGUUGUUCUGAAACCAUUCUUAAAAGGGACAUUUUUCGACUUCUUGUUUCUCUCUAUAGUAGAAUCUCUGUUCCAAAAUAAACAAAAAAAGGAACUUACUUUAAUCCCUUUUCACCCCCCACACAUCCCUCCAAGAAAGCACCUUUUUUCAAGAAUCUCCUAUUUUUUGCAAAGCUGAGUAAGGGGGAGAAAUGGGGUGUGUUGCAUCCAAGUUAGAAGAAGAAGAAGAGGUAGUAUCCAUAUGUAAAGAGAGAAAACAGUACCUGAAAUUGGCUGUAGAUAGGAGGUACACACUGGCUGAUGCACAUUACAAGUACUGUCAAGCAUUGUAUGGAGUCUCAGCAGCUUUAAAACUCUUUGUUGCUCGUCAUUCUACACCUACUUCUCCAUAUCUCAUCACAUUCCCACCACCUUGCUGCCCUUCUUCUCCAAAAAAGGAGAAUGUGGUUUCAAACCCCUUGUUUCUUCAGCAAACACCUUCUGAGCCAACCCAAGAAACUAUUUGCUGUGGGCCAUGCAAUAAAUCUACAGCAACCCCAUCAGAUUCUUCUGAGGAAGAGAGAGAAGAGAAAGUUGUGAAACAGGAGCACCACCAGCAGCAGCAGCCACAAGGUUAUGGCUAUUAUUACAUGGAAAUGCCUCAGAUGAUGCAUUCACCACCAACAGAUUUUGGUUGGGAAUUUUUCAACCCUUUUAAUAGUGUAAGGCCAGAGAUGAUUAGUGGGUAUCAUAGGAUUUCUGAGGAGGAUUUAAGGGCAGUGAGGGAGCAAGAAGGAAUUCCAGAUUUAGAAGAAGAGGAAGAGGAAGAUGAUGAAGAAGGGGAUGGAAUGAAGGAAGAGAAUAAGGUAGUAGCCACUAAAGAAAAAGAAAAUGUGGAGCAAAGAGAAUAUGGGACUGAAGUUGUACAACAAACAGUGCAUACUGCUAAUGUAAACCAAGAGGACCAGAAAAAAAGUUUGACAGUUGUGGAUAAUCCAUUACAGGGGAGGGAGUUACUUGAAGCGCUAACUGACAUUGAAGACCAUUUUGUCAAGGCAUAUGAUGCUGGAAAGGAAGUAUCAAGGAUGUUAGAGGCAAAUUGGGUACAUUCACAGCCUAAUUUGGGAGAACCCAAAGAGAACUCAACAAAAAUCAUCCCAGCAAUUACUUGGAAGUCUCCUGCAUCUCGUUCGCCAUCCUGCAAGAGUCUUGUGGCGUCUAGUUCUAAAAGUUCUUCCACAUGGACAGAAUUCAAGAAUGAUCUAUUUGAUGACUAUGGUGGAAUGGGUUCUGGGAGCCAUUUGCUGACGCUAGGAAGGCUAUAUGCUUGGGAGAAGAAGUUGUAUGACGAGGUUAAGGCUGGAGAUAGCACUUGGAAAUUAUAUGAGAAGAAGUGCAAUCAACUCAAAAAUCAUGAUGCCAGAGGAGAUGAAAGACGGACCACAGACAAAACCAGAGCAGCAGUAAAAGAAUUAUAUAGCAGGAUCCUAGUCACAAUUCGAAGUGCUGAGACCAUAUCAAAAAGAAUUGACGAACUACGAGAUGAUGAACUGCAGCCUCAAAUCAUUGAACUGCUUCAAGGUAUGAUGAGAACUUGGAAGAUCAUGCUGGAAUCCCAUGAGAUCCAGAACAAGAUUAUAUUCGACGUGAAAAGUUUCACCUGUCCUACAUAUGGAAAGUUCUGCAAUGACUCUCAUCGGCUUGCCACAGUCCAGCUUGACGUUGAGCUUCAAAAUUGGUGCGCUCGCUUCCAGGAUUACAUUGCUGCCCAGAAGGCUUACGUGGAAGCACUCCAUGGAUGGCUGUCCAAGUUCGCAGUCCCUGAAGUUGAUUUCUACUCCAAAAGUAGGAGUUCAACUCCAGCUUGUCGAGCUAAUGGUCCUCCGCUUCUCAUGAUUUGUCACGAUUGGUUGUCUGCCAUGAACAAGUUGCCAGAUAGAGUAGUUUCUGUUGCCCUUAAAGGCUGCGGAAAGGAUGUAAGAGCUUUGUGGGUUCAGCAGGGAGAGGAACAGCAACAAAAGCGAAAAGUUGACAGCAUGUCCAAAGAAUUAGAUAGGAAAACACUGGCGUUCCAAAAGGUAGAGAACAAGCUUUAUGAGUUCAAGCUCACAGACCGAAGCUCGGAGAUCGAAAUCGAUCAUAGAGCUGAGUAUCUGAAGGAGAGGAAAGACUUGCUGGACAACUUCAGGAAAAGGGUUGAUCUAGAGAAGGAAGAACACCAGAAAUGCAUGCAAGAAACUCAGAGGAUCACUCUGAACGGCUUUCAGACUGGUUUUUGCAGAGUUUUUGAGUCUAUAACAGAAUUUUCCAGUGCAGCACUAAAAAUGUACAACGAGCUACUAAGCAGUGGUGAGAAGGCUGAGAAAAUGGGUAACCCGCCAUCCAUAGAGAGCUCCCAAGCUGGUGAAGAUGUCAAAAGAUGACUUUGGCUGGUUUAGAUUUCCUUAUUUAAUGCAUAGAGUUGAAUUGUUAGUUUGUAUAUUAUGGUGCCAUCAAAGCAGCUCGCUGAGAUGUAGUCACUUGUUUUCAUGAUUUGAGUUUCUUCAAGGUCAAAGGCCAGAUUUCGUA